AUGGACGACCAAGUUUACUCUUCCAUCCAGAAUCUAGUGCCCAUGGAGAGAGGCAUCCCCCCUCGCCAGCCCCCAUGCUUCCAAUGCACAUACGACACUGCCAGACAAAUCCACAGCGCCAGUGCGCUAACACAUUACAAAGACACCAUCGAGCUUGUCAGGAAGACCCUUUGCUUUGUAGGCCAGUCUGCGCUUAAACGCUGUAGCAAGUGUGAUCUAGCCAACGAGCAAAGAUGCUACGAUUGCCCCCGAGAGCUGGCCUCACUCCGCGACAAGCUUUGGGAGCGGCUGUCGAGAGUGGACACGAACUCUACUUCUAAUGGCGCCGACCGGACAGAUGUGAAUUACUAUACCAUGUCCCUCCUACGCAUAACCGCCGCAGAUUUUCUUGAGCGUACUUGCGUGUUUCUAAAGAAGAACAAUCUUGAAGAUUUCGAUCAACUUCAAAGUAACCUCAUGGCACCGGUGCCCAGGUUAGUCGACUGGGGGUGCAUCGAUGUCUCGGUCACGCAGCAGGCGGAGCAACAGCAUCAACAAUGGCAGCAGGAGGUUGAGUGGGAUCUCUCGCCACUCGUCACUUUGGCCACGCAGCAGAAGGAGCAACAACAACAACAACAACAACAACAACAACAACAACAACAACAACAACAACAACAACAACAACAACAACAACAGGUUCCAUUGCAGAACCCAUCGGCCUCGCGCUCGCCCUCUCCCGAGCCAUGCUACUCCCCCUUGACUUCCGACAGAAGAUCUAACCCAAGUUCGGGUCCCAACCCCAAGCCAGCAAGUUCAUCAAAACAACCACCACAAUCGCAGUCGCAGCCCCAACAAGACGAGAUUAAGAAGAUCCACUCUGUCCUCGAGGACAUUCAGGCUCAACUUCACACGAUACUCGUUACGCUCAGUAGUAUGUCUCGAUAUCACCAACAAGAAGCUAUUGCACGCCAUGGGGAGAUCAAGAAGCUGUUAAUCCGCAACAGCAACGGCAAUCGCAAUAACAAUGGGGACGACAACGACGACGAUAACGUCAACGGCAACGACGACAAUGAUGACUACGACAACGACAAAGGCAAGGGCAUUAGCAAGGGUAUCAACAAGGGCAAAGAGAUUGAGACCGGAAAUGACAGCCGCCGCGACAGAGAAGAUUCCAGCAGCAGUUUGUCGUCCUCAGCCCGGCUCGGUCCAAGCUUUCUGCACCCAAGUUCUCCCAUCUCCAACAACGGGGAGGGUAGCAGCAAUAGACAGGGUUCUUUCGACCCAGCACCCGGCGGUCCGACUUCCUUACACCCGGGUCUGAGUCCCCCGGUCCCCAAUAGAGCUCACGCAAGGAACAUCUGUAUGUGGCCGGAGAUCUCACCAUAG